AUGGGGUCACACCAUCAUAGCCAUCGCCGCAGAAAGGAACAAAAAAGAGCAUCUUCGAAAGAGCGAAGUAGGAAGCACAGAGCUAGAUCGAAAUCUAAAUAUGGACACAAAACAAAGAGUGACAAGAAGGAACAUAAAUCGAAACGUAAGAAAGCCAAAGUCGCGAAAGCGAAAAGUAAGCCUGUAGAGAUCAGUGCAGUGGUAUUCGAUUGGAUGAAAAAGAGCCCUCGCAACGGAAAAGACACACCAGACACAUUAGCACAUUUGUCAGGAAAUCGAUUUGCUGAGAAAUACAAGCAAGACUUGGCACCUCAGGACGAGAAACUUGUUCAGGCGAGGAAGACUGCAGCUCCGAUGACCAAAGCAAUGCACGAGGAUCUAGCAAGUCGGGUGGUGAGAGCUUUCGAUCCAGAGUCCGGCCGUAUAAGGCUUAUGCGAGCUGAUGGAGAGAUUGUCGAAGAAAUUGUAUCCAAGGAAGAACAGCGACGGAUAAACCGAGCCGCUACGUUCGGAGAUGGGUAUAUGUACCAGAAGAACGCACACAGUGGAGUGUGAACGACAAUACUUGUUCUAGCCGUGUGGUGCCACCUCUAUACCGUUCAUCGUUUCGUACUACGAGGCUAUUCGAACACUCAACUUCAGUGUUUCUUAGGAAUUCUCGGACUGUGUGCGAUCAAAGCAACACGGUGGCCGUAAAUAAUUUCUACCUCGCUUCUCUGUGGCAGUUAUUGUUGGCUUUACGGUAGCCCAUCGCCCAUAGAAAUAUGUGCCGGUUUUAGACGUGCAUAUUUGUUGUCGGUAUACACUACAGCUUUGUAACAAUUCUAGUUGGUCCGAUACACAACAUGGUAUAUAGCGCUGAUCGGAAUCUAGCUGUAGAGUAGCUGUAUGCUAAUCUGGAUGCGCGCUGAGAGCAGCACCAUAGAACGUUGGUAUCUGGCGUCGUAACAUCAAUACGUAGUUGGUAGAGGGCUUUUGCUUGGCAUUUGCACGAACCCUUUGCAACUAUGUGUACCUGAAUCAACCUACUCCAACCUUGGGAUAAUUUCUUUCAAUUGGACAGUGGCGUGUUCAUAGUAUUAGAGAAGACCUAAUCUUCCAGCAUAUGUAAAUCUGCGCUGAGUUCGUGGCUGUUUCACUUGUAAGGCACCAUCAACACACCUCGGUGUUCUGCGUCGGGAAGCUUGUAGUCCAUUCAUUUUUGCAGAAACAAAGAAAGUGGAUCUCUGUGUACGGAAUGCGAAAUGUUUGAUUACUAAAGGUAACAUCUGAGAUAUCCGAGGAAUAAUCAGAACAGCUCGAAUCAGAACGAGCCGAGGGCUCGCAAGUGAAUGAAAGCCAUGUCCAAUGCAGGAUAAGGAUGCAUAUGCGUAAUUCA